AUGUACUUGACAAAUCAAAAUACCCACCUGAAAUUAAAAGUUAAUGCAAUGGAACAACAAAUAAGAAAUAUGGAUCAAAAACUGCUGGAUAAUGUACUGGAAAUAACCAGAAUUCCCAAAGGUAAGAACGAGAACUUAGAAGAACUUUCAAGUAAACUAGCCUCGAAGCUAAAUAUAGAGAAACGUCAAGUGUCUAUGGUGAAGAGACUGAAAGGCAUGGGCGGCAAAGAAGGUGUAAUCCAGUUAGUAUUGCAACAAGAGGAGCAGGUCAACCAGUGGAUCCGCGCUGCACGAAGGGAAACAAUUGCUAUGGAAGAUAUAAUUCCCAAUGUCACUAAUCCUGAUGUAGCCAAAACAAGAGUUAUACUUCGACGCGCACUAACCUAA